GGCUGAGAGAUUAACAGUGCACGAUAGGAUCUUGGCAGCAACCUUCUCUCUACUCCUCAACCACAAAAACAACUUCAGAAAUGGAUAGAGCCUGGGUCUACCUGGUGACAGGAGGAUGUGGUUUUAUAGGGGAGAAGAUCGUAGAGCUCCUGUCUCAACAAGACUACAUCAAAGAAGUCAGAGUUUUUGAUUCAGUAGCAAGAGAAGAAGUAGAAAAAUUCACCACAGCUACCACUCAUGUGACAGUGAUGAAAGGAGACAUUCGAGACUACAAUCUGCUCCUUGCUGCCAUGCGGGGAGUUCACGUGGUUAUUCACACAGCUGCUAUUGUGGACAGCAAAAACACUGUGCCCUUUUGGGAAAUGAGAGCUGUCAACGUUGGGGGUACUGAGAACGUGUUAAGGGCCUGCUGUGUCCUGAAUGUCCCAUACCUCGUCUACACAAGCUCCAUUGCUGCGGUGGGACCCAAUACCUCCCAUGAGCCCAUGUUCAGAGGAAAUGAGGACACCAAAUACAGUGGGGAAGUGGAGUUGCCUUAUGGGAAGACAAAGGCCAUGGCAGAAAAACUUGUAUUUGAAGCCAAUGGAAAAAAGCUGAGUAACGGUGGUAAACUCACAACCUGCAUCAUCCGUCCAAACGCAGUGUACGGGGAGAAAGCAAUGUUUCUUCAAGAGCUGUAUUUGUUUGCCAAAGCCAGGAAUGGUGUGUUGAGCCACCUGGAGCCUGAAAACACGGAGCGCAAUUACACAUACGUGGGGAACGUUGCAUGGAUGCAUGUUCUUGCAGCAAGGAACUUGCAGCUGAAACCAGACUUACUUGCAGGACAAGUGUAUUAUCCUUACGAUGACACCCCAUCGAGAAAAGGUUUUCUGGUAAGGUAUCAGCUGCUGUCCUCUAUGGACCCCUCAGUGAGACUAGGCUCACACAUCCCUUACUGGAAGAUGUGGUUAAUGAUACAAUUGCACAGGAUAAUCAAGGUCAUCUUGUACCCUUUCUGGAAGCCACAGCCUUUCCUAAACUUGCCUUUACUGAACACGAUAGUCACCACCUUCUCUUAUGAGACAGACAAAGCCUCCAGGCAUUUUGGGUACAAACCCAAAAAAUUCACCUGGAAAGAGAGCAAGCACAGAACUGCACAGUGGUUGAAAGCAGCUGCAGGGAACCUGGCACACCCCCAACUUCAUGAAAAGAAGAACUAA